ACAGCAAAGUCGCCCGGGAAGCCAAAACUGAUUAAACUUGCAGGGACUAGGAAACAAAUAAAGAUGAAGAUUGCAGAAUAACUAAGUUGACCAAACAGACGUGGCAGAACAACGUUCGUACUUAUCCAUCAAUCCAGGGGGUGCUUCUCAUCUCAGCCGUCGUCUAUAAAUCUCUGUCAUCGGGAAGUAAAGCGCAUAUUUCGUUUUCUUAGUGCGAAAAAGCACACAUCUUUAUACACCAAGCUUGUAAAUUUUUGUAUGAUAUAAGCUGAAAUCAAUGAAGGUUUGUAAUUGGGGUUUGGGAUUUGGGUAAUUGCCACUGUGCAUAUCAGGGUUGUUGUUGGUCCCUUUCAGUCUCCCGUUUUCCAUUUUCCACGGAGAUAAAGAAAAAGAGGGGAGAGGGACAAGAAAUGAGCAAAGAUGAUGGUGGUGCAGAGAAUACAGGGACGAAGCAAUCACGGCCGCCGGAUUGGCUGACCAACUUCCACCGUGAUCUGAUGGCCGGGGCGGUGAUGGGUGGGGUGGUGCACACGAUUGUGGCUCCGAUAGAGAGAGCCAAGCUGUUGCUGCAGACCCAAGAGAGCAACAUGGCCAUUCUUGGUGGAGGAAAGACCAGAUUCAAGGGCAUGUUGGAUUGUAUUGUCCGCACUGUUAGAGAAGAAGGCAUCUUGUCUUUGUGGAGAGGCAAUGGCAGCAGUGUUCUUCGUUAUUACCCUUCUGUGGCUCUCAAUUUCUCCCUCAAGGAUCUUUAUAGAAACAUGUUAAGGAGCGGAAGCUUAGAUGGUCAUUUUUUGUCUGGUGCACCUGCAAAUUUCAUUGCUGGGGCUGCUGCUGGUUGUACAACAUUGAUUAUAAUAUACCCCCUGGAUAUUGCACAUACCCGCCUUGCUGCUGACAUUGGAAGAAAUGAAGCCCGUCAGUUUCGAGGAAUCUACCAUUUCCUGGCUACCAUUCGCCAAAAAGAUGGGAUUCGAGGGAUUUACAGAGGUCUUCCUGCUUCGUUACAGGGAAUGGUUGUUCACCGAGGACUAUAUUUUGGAGGCUUUGAUACAAUGAAAGAAUUCUUAUCAGAAAAUUCGAGGAAAAAUGAGUUGGAGUUGCCACUGUGGAAACGAUGGGUUGUGGCUCAGGGAGUCACGACCUCUGCUGGGUUCUUGUCAUAUCCACUGGAUACAGUUCGGAGGAGGAUGAUGAUGCAGUCUGGCUUGGAACAGCAGAUGUACAGUGGUACUCUGGACUGCUGGAAGAAGACAUAUAGGAAAGAAGGAGUAGUUUCAUUUUAUCGUGGGGCAGUUUCUAACAUGGUUAGGAGUACUGGCGCAGCUGCCAUCUUGGUUUUAUACGACGAGGUCAAGAAGUUCAUGCAUUGGGGCAGAUUAUGAGUUUAUAACACGAGAACUUGUGGUCUCUUCCCUGUCACUUCAGCUUAACAGAAGGAUUAGAGUAGUAGAUACUAGGAUGAAGCAAAAGGGAAUUACAGCAGGGAUAUCAGAGUUUUGAUGGUGUAGUUUUGUAACAUGCUGUGGUGACAUUCUUUUUGCCCCAUUGCUUUUUGAGGCUCUGGCAAUAACUCGCUGAUUUUUACGUCAUGACAAUAAUACUGGAACUAUCAUUGGUAAUUCUUAU